GAGCCAAUUUAUUGGAUUGCCGGAAUUGACCACGCCGGAAUUUCCACUCAGAGCAAGAUUGAAAAAUUGUCACUUCCCGAACUUGACAGCGAUGAAAAGAAAAGGAAUUAUACUUUACAAACUUG